AAUUAUGAUGUGAUGUCGAUUGUGUACAUGGCAUAUUUUCAAUUUCUAUGAUUUUUAAUUAAAACAUGAAAUGAAUAAUUAGAUUAUAAGAUACCUUUUUAAGAAUGGCUUUCGUGAGUGCAGUUACCGGUGAUGACUCCACUAAAAAGUUUAUGGAAGUCUUACAAAGUGACUUCAAAACACUCAGUUUCGAAACGAAGAAAAAAUAUCCCCAGAUAAGAGAGGCAUGUGAUGAAGCCAUAGAGAAGCUGUCGCUGGCGGCUAACAACCCACAGGCCUCCCUAUACGGUGUGGUCAACCAGAUACUGUACCCUCUGGUGCAGGGCUGUGAGUCCAAGGACCUCAAGAUUAUCAAAUUCUGCCUCGGCACUGUCCAGCGGCUAAUAGCCCAACAGGGCAUUGAUGCUAAAGGAGCUCGACAUGUGGUGGACUGUCUCUACACUCUGGGACAGGCUGGGGUCCUGGAACUAAAGUUGUUGCAGACUGCAGCCCUGCUCAUGACUACCUCAGACCUUGUUCAUGGAGACACACUGGCCAGGACAAUGGUGAUGUGCAUGAGGAUGGUAACGAGUAGCGAGACGCGUGACGUCAGCACGAGCCACGCGGCCGCCGCUACCGUGCGGCAACUGGUCGCAUUGGUUUUCGAACGGGCACUAGCUGAGGCGAAUGGAACACUCAAAGUGAAUCCAGCUGAUGUGAGACCUCAGACGAACAGCAAAGCCCCUAAGGAUAUGAAGCCUUGUGCGGUAGACGCCUACCUCAUUUUACAAGAUAUAAUUCAGUUAGUGAACGGCGAUGCGCCUCACUGGCUGGUCGGUAUCUCGGACGUGCCAAAGACUUUCGGGCUGGAGCUCCUAGACACUGUGUUGACUGACUUCUCACCCGUCUUCUUCAAGAUAGCGGAAUUUAGGUUUUUACUAAAGGAACACGUUUGCGCGCUGAUAAUAAGGCUGUUUUCACCAAAUGUAAAAUACAGGGCGGCGUUCACCGGCCUGCACAUCCCCGGCGCCGCCGCCGCCAGCCCGGGCGGCCCCGAGCGCCCGCACUACCCCGUCACCAUGCGCCUGUUGCGGCUCGUGCUAGUCCUGGUCCACCAGUACCAUGCCUUGCUGGUAACAGAGUGCGAAAUCUUCCUAUCACUGACGAUCAAGUUCCUGGACCCGGAUAAACCACUCUGGCAGCGGGCGUUGGCUCUAGAAGUGUUGCACAAGAUGACUAUACAGCCCAAACUCCUGGUAUCGUUCUGUUCCUGCUACGACCUUCGUCCACACGCCACCAACAUCUUCCAAGACAUCGUGAACGCGCUGGGCGCGUAUGUGCAGAGCUUGUUCGUGGCCAGCCAAGUCAACACAUGUGCUGGUGCUCAGGGUAUACCUCAGCAGUCAGGGUUCUACUGGAAGGGAGUAUGGCUGCCUCUCUGCGUGACUUUUGAGCCCGGAACUGCUAAAUCGGUGUAUUUAGAAAUGCUAGACCGCAAUGAAGCACCGACAAUACAAGACGGUUACGGCAUAUCAGUCGCGUACGCGUGUCUCAUGGAGAUUAUCAGAUCUAUCGCCAUCACUGUCGAGGGGGACGAAUAUUUCAGGUUGCAAGAACUCUAUGCUGAAUUGCCUAACGAAAGCGAAGAGAAGGAAAUAAACUCGAAUAAAAAUGGCAACCACGAGAAAGUGAUUUCAGAGACAAAGACUGAAACCACAGAGCUGACGAACAACGUUCACAACGAGAAUGCCGACCAGAAUUCUAACGUCGUGGAACCCAUUAUUGAAGAUGUUGAAGAUAAAGAGAGGCAGCUGAAGUUGCAGCUUUUAAAGUCGUCGUGGUGUGGUCUGGUUUGGGGCCUGUCAGUGCUAGCGGAGGCGAGCAUCGGAGAGCUAGAAAACAUUCUACGUGCCAUACAGACUCUGGCUAGAGUCAGCGGGAAGGUGGGCCACACAGUAGGGCGCGACGCUUGCAUAUCCGCGCUCUGUCGCGCGGCGCUCCCCGCGCAGUACUGCGUCCCUGCGCUAGGAGCCCUGCCGUGCCCGUGGCGGCGAGACAGCGCGCCCGCUCCUGAUAGUGAACCACGCCACCAGGUGGUGUGGGUGGGCACGCUGCCGCAACACGCGCCCGCCUCAGGCCAACAACAAUCGUUCGUGAUGGUAACCUCCCGCCACGUGACAGCUAUGAAGGCGCUGCUCUACGCAGCACAGAGAGACGGGGACAGCAUCCAGCAGGCCUGGCUACCAGUCCUUACUACUCUGCAACACCUGGUUUGGAUCCUAGGCCUAAAACCCUCCACCGGUGGAUCCAUGAAGGCAUCGCGCGCAAGCGCCGACGCCAACGCAGUUAUGAGCACCUCCGCUGUAAUGGCGGACCUACCAGGUCAGCAAGUGCCAGUAGCCGAGUCUCUUGGAGUCAUGAGCGCGCUGUCAGCAAUGCUGUCAGGAGUGUUCGAGUCGUCUAAGAACCUGGACGAUGAGGCGCUUCACCAUCUGAUAGACGCGCUUUGUAAGCUCAGCAACGAGGCUAUGGAGCUCGCCUAUUCCAACAGGGAGCCUUCCCUGUUCGCCGUGGCCAAACUGCUUGAAACUGGACUAGCCAAUAUGCACAGGAUAGAAGUCAUGUGGAGACCCAUCACCAACCACCUCUUAGAAGUAUGCCAACACCCCCACAUACGAAUGCGAGAGUGGGGCGUGGAAGCCAUCACGUAUUUGGUCCAGGCUGCGUUCCAGUAUCACCACAACAACCCACAUCUUGUCAACGAGGCCCGAGAGCGUCUCCUACUAGAACCGCUAUCAGAACUGUGCGCUGUCCGUCACUGUGACGUGCGAGCGAGACAGCUAGAGUGCGCAGCUCGCUUACUCCACUCGAGGGGAGAACAACUUGGAGCAGCGUGGCCGCUGAUGAUGGAAAUUAUUUCUGCUAUUUCUUCGCAACACAGCGAGCAACUGAUCCGCUCAGCCUUCCAAUGUGCCCAAGUGGUCGCCGGCGAUCUACUAGGCUGUGCCGGCCCUCGGUGCCUCCGACGGGUAUUAACUGCGGCGGCGGCCUUCGCACUGCAGACUAGAGAUCUCAACAUUAGUCUCACAGCUGUUGGCCUUAUGUGGAAUAUAUCCGACUAUUUGUACCACAACCGGGACAAACUAACAGCAGCGUUGGCAAACGAUGCAGCCAUCUGCCCCGAAGUGCCGAACCACGCCGAACUUCCCCCCUUGGAUAAGCUGUGGAUGUGUCUCUACAUCAGACUGAGUGAGCUUUGUACGGAACCUCGAGCGCCCGUUAGACGAGCAGCGAGUCAAACUCUCUUCAGCUGCAUCGGCGCCCACGGAACCUUGCUAGGCAAACCCGCCUGGCGAGCUCUACUCGCAGUACUAUUCCCUAUGCUAGAGCAAGUCCAAAAACAAUCGAACAUAGCGAGCUCAGAAAAAGUGGACACCGGCGAGCAUAUACUAAUACAUCACACAAGAAAUACAGCCCAAAAGCAGUGGGCUGAAACACAGGUGCUGACAUUAUCAGGGGUGUCGCGGGUGUUCCACUCGCGGUUCCAGCUGCUAGUGACAGUCGGCGACUUCAACAGGUCUUGGGCAGCCCUGCUCGACUAUAUCACUGACUUUUCCUUGAGGAAGAGUCAUGAGGUGUCCGUAGCAGCACUCAAGUCGUUCCAAGAAGUGGUGUCAGCAGCGGGGCGCGCCGCGGAGGCCGACCCCGACAGCGUGCUGCAGAAGAGAGUGUGGAGCUGCGCCUGGAGCGCCUGGAGCCGGAUAGCGCAGGGGGUGCCCACAGAUACAGUGCCAGAGGACGGCAAGCCAGUGGACACAUACGCGCCGUCGCUAAACUUCCUCACAACUCUCGUCCAGAUCUUCCCGCUCAUCUUCCAACACAUACGGCCAACGUUCACAGGCGCGGACGUAGAGAAACUAGGCGCUUGCCUAUGCCGCAUAUGCAGCGUACAGCCCGCUCCUUGUGCUCUAGAUUCCUUACCGGCACCCGCCGCGUGCGCCCCCGUCAGUCUACACGCUCUACAUGCCAUAGACACAGUCCAUAAGGAAGCGUUAUCUCGACACGAGCUCCUGCCAGCCCUGUUCUCCGCACUAACCGCGCUAGCACGGACCUGCUCGGGCGCCGCGCGCACGCGCUGCCUCGCCGCCGCAGCGCAGUUAUACCAGGCCGCGCCAUCCGCCUCUGCACCCGCCGCACCACACUUGCUACAGGCCCUGCAUGCAGCAGUGAGGAAGUCAAUAGCGGAUAAGAGAAGACAGACCGUAGAUACACCGGAUGACACAUCACAGAUCUCCACGUUAUUGUUACAAGUGUUAGCGACGGGUCUGCCGCUAGCGAGGGAACAACCAGACGUAUACGAAGAAUUCUGGGAAACACUGCCUGGCGUUUUAGAAACCUUCAUGUUUGAAGCGCCUGGCACUGGAACAGAUGGGUGCGCGCGAGCGUUAGUCGGCGUGAUCCGCGACGAGAUCCUGCGAGGCUCCCCGCGGGUCCCCGCGAGGCAUGUGCGCGCCGCGCUGGCGCUGGUCCGCGCGGGCUCGCUGCACACGCAGCCGCCGCCGCCUCAGAACGAAUUGGAGCUUCGGGAGAGAGAAGAGUUUGCGCGGGCGUGCUUCGAGACUCUACUGCAGUUCUCUAUGCUCGAAGACGUCGCGCUGUCUGGCGUAGAAGAUGAGCAAGACCCUCUGGCGAUAGCGGCGUUACUCGAUAGGUUUCAAGAAGUCGUAUCGAAAUACUCGAGAGACGAAGACAACAGCGAACCUCUACCUAGGCAUCAACUAUCGGAGAUCUCAUUUGUGCUAAAAGCCGUGGCGACGUUAGCAGAAUCAAUGCAACAAGCGCCGAGGAACAAAGUCGAUCCCGCGGCUUGGCAAAAGCUCAUAGGUUUAUACCCAUCUCUGGUGUCGCUGGCGUGCAGCGGGCGCGCGGCAGCAGCCCGAGGAGCCCUGCGCGAGGCCCUACAGCAGUACGGAGCCCUACUCGCCGCGCCGCUCUAGCGCCGGACCGUCUACACCAUACACAUCUAGAAAACAUCACAUGGCGAGACCAGCGCGCUACACAUUCCUGACGGCAACGCGACAUGAAGCCAAGCGUCAUCAGUACUGUUAGUAUGAAUACUAGACUGUACUGUAUUAUACUGCUAUCAAAUUUGGAAGGCUGUUGUUAACUAAUAUGUACCUUUUGGGAGUCAUGUGAAUUUGUGUUUGUGUCAAACUUGUGCUAUUACUGAAUGUAAAAAGUCGGUUAUUACAGCAAAAGUAGACCUUAUUCGGACCGAUAAUGUUUAAUAUAAUAAAAUCUAUUAAAUCAGUACAGUCAGCCAAAAAUAUAAUCAAACUGAAAUGUCUUACCAUAGACUCUAUAUCUUACAGGAAAAUCGAAAAAUAAAAUUCGAACAUGUUUGCGACUGACUGACAAAAUCGGACUUCCAAAUCUGAUUGUCAAGUUACACGAAAUGUUGAUUAUGAUUAGAAAUAUUUGUAAAUAACUAUGCACUUAACUUAUGUAAAAUGAGCACCGAGUUAGAAAUCAUCUAUAUGGCAAUAAAUAUAUCUUUUGACCCCAUUUUGUUUAUUUUGUAUAUUAUGGAAUAAUUUAACGUUUUUUUUUUUCGUUUAUUAAUAUAAUGCCAUUUCCAUAAGUGUCUUUAAAUAUGUGUUUACACUUUACAUACAAAAUCCAAUCGCAAAUAUAAUUUUUGUAAUUUCUUUCAUGGAUUUAUUAAAAAAAACUGUUGUUAAAUUAUUUGACCUUUCAAAUGUUCUAAUUAUAUCACUCGAAUAUUAUACAGAAUCAAAUACAAAGGUCUGUUCAAACUUUACGUAGUGAAUUUUAAGGUCAUAAUGAACAAUUUAUAUUAUAGGACCCAUGCUGAAAUCGCGAAAAAAGGUUUGGCUAUUCCAUAGAAAUGAUCGGCAUCAUGACAGCCGAAAUGUAUGAACUACAAACAGCCAAUUUUAAGCAUUGGUCCCAUAAUAAAAGUUGUUCAUUAUAACCUUAAAAGUCACUAUGCAAAGUUUGAUCGGUUCUAUAUUUAUUUCAUUGUAUGUAUUAUUAUACUUUUUUUAGAUUUUAGGGUGACACAAAAUACUAAAAUCUAGUGCUUUUUCAAUUAUUAUUAGAUUUCAUCUUCUGAUUACCAUAAGUAACAAUAGUGACUCAAUAAAAGGCUUAAUGUGUCAUUAAAGACUAAAAUAGUUCCUGUAUUGCUUCAACUUUUAGAAAAAUAUGUGAUAAUGAUAAUAUAAUGUCAUUUUGAGUCACCCUAAUUUAAAAAAAGAUUUUUUUUUCCAAUUUAUAAAUAUAGUCACAUAUGUAAUAAUCGACAAAUAAAAAUAGCUAGAAUAUGACAUUUAGUGUAGCAUAGCUAGAUGUAGUUUUGUAUUUUAAUAGAUGUGCCGCAAGUUACCCGUUUGGCUAGAAUAUUUCUUUGUUUUAUACACUAAUGUCAUUAUAUUACACAUAAAUGUCUGCCAAUCUAAAACACCCAUAUUAUUAAAUUAAAGCGGGACUUAAACGCGUAAAACUUACGUUUAGACACGGUGAAAUCGCAAAAAAAAUUGGCUGUUUCACACAUUUCGACUCUCAUGUUGCCACUCAUUUCUAUGGAACGGUCAAAUUUUCUUUCGUGAUUUCAGCAUUAGUCACACAAUAUAAGUUGUUCAUUAUGACCUCAAAAGUCACAAUGAAAAGUUUGAACGGUUUUUUUUUCUUUGACCCUGUAUUUAACCCGACUUUUCGGACGUGACAUUACGUCCGUGGUUACAGGUAGACUCAUUAAUUAGUUUUAAUUUAAUAAUAUGAGUGAUGAUCGUGUUAGUUUAUAUCAAUAUAAUCUAAAACACAUUGAACAAAUUUAAAUGUGAAAAAUUUGCGUUCUUGCGAGACUUGAACUCACGGUUUUUGGUGGUUAGUACUAGACAGAUAUUAAAACUGAUGGUAAGGGUUGGCCCCCUCUUAUUUAUUCAUUAAAAUUAUUUUUAAUUUUUUAAAUUUCGCUCAUUCUAUGCUAUUUUAUGUCUAUCCAAAAAUUUCAACUCAUCAUUACAUUAGGUAAAUAUUAAAUUUAUAUUUUUCGGCAAUAAUUAUUCAAAAAUAUCCUAUGAUGUUACAAAGUAUUAUUUAUUCCAAAUUAUUAUUUUAGCUUAAGAUAAUCCUAAUAGUAUAACUACAAGUAUUUA